CAGAUAUGAAAGGAAAUCCGAUAACAAUACUUUAUUACCUUGUUUUAACCUGUUUCUAUUGGCUACAUAGAGUUUCCGUACUGUCAAAAUGCUGACGAAAUGACGCAACUGGAAGUUGAACCAGUUAUUCUAAAGAAUUACACAAUCGGGAGACAAAUAGGGAAAGGGGCUUAUGGAAUAGUUUGGGAAGUGGUGAAUAAGAAAACACUUAAAAAAUAUGCACUCAAAAAGAUAUUUGAUGCCUUUGGAAAUCAAAGAGAUGCCCAGAGGACAUUCAGGGAAAUCUCCUUUUUACAAAAAUUUUCCGAUCAUCCAAAUAUCAUUCGACUUAUGAAUGUUAUAAAAGCAGGAAAUGAUAAAGAUAUUUACCUAGUCUUUGAAUACAUGGAAAGUGAUUUACAUAACUGCAUUAAGAAGGGAAAUAUCCUGAGAGAUGUACACAAAAGAUUCAUUUUCUACCAGUUACUACGGGCAGUUAAAUAUAUUCAUUCCGGGAAUGUAAUACAUCGUGAUUUAAAACAUUUAAGUCUCUAAUACUCUACAUUUUUAUCCGUAACACGGUAAUCAUUCCUAUUGUUUAAAGAUACUAUGAGGCACAUCCAUGCAGCUCAUUUAAUUUU